UCUUGGAUGCCGCGGAGCCCGAAAGAGGGGGGAGAGGGGGAAAGAGAGAGAGAGAGAGAGGGAAAGAGAGAGAGAGACCCGGAGACCCGGAGCCGCCGGAACCUGGCUGGAGAGAAGCAGAGAGCAAGCACCCAGGGGCCGCUAGCAUCAACGCUCUAUAAAGUAUGAAGAGAGCCCCUCUAUAGUGAAGGAAACAUGGCAGACAAGAGGAAGCUACAAGGUGAGAUUGAUCGAUGUUUGAAAAAGGUGUCAGAAGGAGUGGAGCAGUUUGAAGACAUCUGGCAGAAGCUCCACAAUGCAGCUAACGCCAACCAGAAGGAGAAAUAUGAAGCCGAUCUGAAAAAGGAGAUUAAAAAACUCCAGAGAUUGAGGGACCAGAUCAAGACGUGGGUUGCGUCCAACGAGAUUAAGGACAAAAGGCAGCUAAUAGAAAACCGGAAACUCAUUGAGACGCAAAUGGAGCGGUUCAAGGUAGUGGAACGCGAGACCAAGACGAAAGCCUACUCCAAGGAGGGGCUGGGCCUGGCACAGAAAGUGGACCCAGCCCAGAAGGAGAAGGAAGAAGUCGGGCAGUGGCUGACGAAUACCAUAGACACCUUGAACAUGCAGGUGGAUCAGUUUGAGAGUGAAGUGGAGUCACUCUCGGUCCAGACGCGUAAGAAGAAAGGAGACAAGGAUAAGCAAGACCGGAUUGAGGGCUUGAAGCGGCACAUUGAGAAGCAUCGGUACCACAUCCGGAUGCUGGAGACCAUCCUGCGUAUGCUGGACAAUGACUCCAUCAUGGUGGACUCCAUCCGCAAGAUCAAGGACGACGUGGAGUACUAUGUGGAUUCCUCGCAGGACCCUGAUUUUGAGGAGAACGAGUUCCUCUACGAUGACCUCGACUUAGAAGACAUUCCACAGGCCCUGGUAGCCACUUCCCCACCCAGCCACAGCCACAUGGAGGACGAGAUGUUCAACCAGUCCAGCAGCACGCCCACGUCCACCACGUCCAGCUCCCCGAUCCCUCCCAGCCCCGCAAACUGCACAACGGAAAACUCUGAAGAUGACAAGAAACGGGGACGGUCAACAGACAGUGAAGUGAGUCAAUCGCCAGCAAAGAACGGUUCAAAAAGCCUCCACAACAACCACCAUCAGCCGCCACCUGCCAUCCCCCCCAGCUACCCGAUGGGUGGCAGCUCCAGCACUUCAUCCUCGUUGGGGAACGGACCCGGCUCCAAUAGCAACGGGACUGUGGCCGGCAGCGGGAAUGCAAGUGGCAAAGCAAACCCGCCGGCGGGGCAUGCGCCCACCACCCCGACUCCUUACGCCCAGGCCGUGGCACCUCCACCCACCAGCACCAAUGCCUCUCAGCCCAGGCCACCCAGCACCCAGCAGAAUGCCAGCAAGCAGAACGGGGCAACCAGUUACAGCUCUGUGGUAGCCGACAGCAACUCAGAUUCGACAUUAAGCAGCGGAAGCCAAUCCUUGCCUAACCAGACGGCAUCGCACAACCCGCCCAGUGCUUCCACGAAAGAGCCGAGUGCCGCCCCCCAGCCGCCCAGUGGGGGCAACAGCACUGGAUCCAGCCUCUUGGUGCCUCUGACCGCCAACCCCCCUGCCUCGCCCACCCCCAGCUUCUCCGACAGCAAGCCUGCCCAGACACUGCUCAACGGGCCGCCCCAGUUCAGCUCCACGCCUGAGAUCAAGGCACCCGAGCCUCUAAGUACGCUGAAGUCGAUGGCCGAGAGGGCAGCUAUUGGCUCUAGCAUAGAGGACCCUGUGCCGUCUCUCCAUCUCGCCGAAAGGGCUGACAUCUUAAUUACUAGCACGACCUCCCAGCCAGCCUCCAACCAGCCCCCCAUCCAGCUAUCUGAGGUGAACAUCCCCCUUUCGCUGGGGGUGUGCCCCUUGGGGCCCGUGCCUCUCACCAAGGAGCAGCGUUACCAACAGGCCAUGGAGGAGGCGGCCUGGCACCACAUGCCUCACCCCUCUGAUUCAGAAAGGAUCCGGCAAUACCUGCCUAGGAACCCCUGCCCAACCCCUCCAUACCACCACCAGAUGCCUCCCCCACACUCCGACACGGUGGAGUUCUACCAGCGCCUCUCCACAGAGACCCUUUUCUUCAUCUUCUAUUAUCUGGAGGGUACAAAGGCACAAUAUCUGGCAGCGAAGGCACUGAAGAAACAGUCGUGGCGCUUCCACACCAAGUACAUGAUGUGGUUCCAGCGGCAUGAAGAACCCAAGACCAUCACUGACGAGUUUGAGCAGGGCACUUACAUCUACUUUGACUAUGAGAAAUGGGGCCAGCGCAAAAAGGAGGGUUUCACCUUUGAAUACCGCUACCUGGAAGACCGGGACCUGCAGUGAUGCCCUGGGGCCAGCAGGGGGUGCCAAGCCUUCCUUCCAGAAACAACUGCA